AUGCAUUAUCAUGAGUGCAGCGUCUAUCUUCGUCUAUACUAGGGUUACUUUGUACUUUCACAUGGCAGAUGCAUGCGACCGCAGGAAUGGCAAACAACAGUCGGACUUUUUCUGAUGUGAGGAAUGUGAUCCUGUCAGCCCACAAAAACACAGGGGCCCAGGAUAAGGUUGGCUUCUAUGAAACCUGGGCUGAGGACUAUGAGCAGGAUGUAGCGCUGCUGGAUUACCGUGCCCCUUUGUUAGCGGCUGAGUGUGUGAGCUCAUUUUUCACAGGUGACAGAGAGAAGGCCACUGUCCUGGAUGUGGCCUGCGGAACAGGCCUGGUCUCUGCACAUUUAAAGCAAAUGGGGUUUCGUCACUUUGUUGGAGUAGAUGGAAGUUUGAGGAUGCUGGAGUUGGCAAAGAAAACUGGACUUUAUCAGCAACUUAUGCAGUGCCUGCUUGGUCAAGAUGAAAUUUCAGCUGAAACAUAUGAUGUUGUUAUAAUCGUUGGAGCUCUGAGCGUUGGGCAGGUGCCUUUGACAGUCGUCAGAGAGCUCUGUGAUCUUACAAAACCAGGCGGCUAUGUGUGCAUGACUACAAGAGGGAACGCUGAUAACCGGGAGUACAAGGCUGAGCUGGAGCAAAUGAUCAAAGCGCUUGAGGAAGAGCAGAAAUGGAGCCGUGUGACUGUUGUUGAGGUGGAGGAAUGGGAGAGAGCUGUUUCAGAAAAGGAAAGCGGGUACAUUCCAGGCACCAUUUAUCUGUAUCAGAAAAGUGUUUAGGAUUUUAGGAUCACACAAGGGCAACCUAAAUCUGCUCCGUAAUCCACACAGCUGUUCUACUGAAUUCUUAUUCCACCAGCAGGUGGUGGUAUUUUUUCAUAAAUCAUAGUAUCACUUGUUUUAAAAGUACUUGCGUUCCCAAGAGAAGUACCUGACCUGACAAGGAAUAUGUCAAAACAUGAUCCAUCUAUUUGUUUUGGCACUAAGUUAUUUCACCUGGAACUUGUACACAGUGCAGUCACUUGAAAAACUUUAAGGUUUUUGUUCAAGUAAAGUCCAUGAACCUAAAGGAUUUCGUGAGAAAAUGUCUAAGGCAUAUGGUUACAAAUCUACCAUUCCCCAGUUACAUCUAACCUUUCAGUUUGCCACUCCCCGAUACUCCGACCGCUAAACUUUUUGAAGCUGCCAUUUCCGUUGGUGUCAUGUGACAUAAAUAAAACACACAAACAAGGUUCGGUUUGGAUUUCUGGGUGCAUAAUACAGAUAUGAAUAUUUUAAAGGGACACAUUCCAGUUAAAAAGGUUGUUGAAAUCCAAUGAUUUUUUAAAAAAGGGUUAUGAUGUUGAAAUUGCAUUAUACUAUAUGUGCAUUAAUGAACAUCAAUACCUAACAGAGACCAUUAAAAUACUUUUCAUUUUGUGUUAUUUAGACAAUACUUCUAGCACAGACAGAGAUAAAUGUACAUGUGCAAAUAAACAGAUUACAAAAUUCCACA